AAAAGCAACGUCGGCUGACCCAGAGGGAUUCCUCUCCCACACGGCCAAAGUGUGUUCCACGCAUUCCGGUUCAAGUUCAACUGCGUGCUCUGCGGAAAGCAGGGACACGCGCGCGCCCCGUUCGUCCGGAAGCUUCCCGCCUUUCUUCCUCCGGCCCGGCGCCGGUGGGCCACUACCAGAGCGCAGGAUCCAUCCAUUGCACCCUCCUCCACCACCUUUACCCUUGACCGCCGCCGCGGAACGGAAUUGAAACCCCCGCUGCUGCUUCCUCCACCAACCCGGUCGCCGCCUGGCCAGCCCGCUAUAUAUCCUCUUGCCCCGCAACCACCUUUCAGCGAACCAAGAAGCUGGCGUACAGCGUGUUAUUGGAUUCGUGAUCCGUCAGGCGUCAACGAUCACGAACGUCGAACGGAGCGCAUUUUCUUGCACGAACCUUGAUCCUUCCACACUUCUUUCUGGGAGGAGGGAGCCAUGGACACGGGGGAGGCGGCGUUCGGGGUGGCGAGCCUGCGGCUGGGCUCCCGGGCGUCGUCGUCCAGGGCGGGCGACGAUGACGACGAGGAGGCGCUCAUGUGGGCGGCGCUCGAGAGGCUGCCCACGCACGCCCGCGUCCGCAAGGGCAUAGUCGGGGAUGACGGCAGCCGCGGUGGUGGCGGGUUCGUCGACGUCGCCGGCCUCGGGUUCCAGGAGCGGACGCGCUUGCUCGACCGGCUCGUGCGCGUCGCCGAGGAGGACCACGAGCGCUUCUUGCACAAGCUCAAGCAGAGGAUCGACAGAGUUGGGAUCGACUUUCCGACGAUCGAAGUGCGAUACGACCACCUCAACAUCGAGGCGCUGGCACAUGUGGGGAACAGAGGCUUGCCCACCUUCAUCAACACCACUCUGAAUUCUCUAGAGACAUUAGCCAAUUUUCUUCGUAUAAUUCCGAACAAGAAGAUACCCAUCAACAUCCUGCAUGAUGUCAAUGGAAUUAUCAAGCCAAAGAGGAUGACGUUACUAUUAGGGCCACCAGGAUCUGGGAAGACUACACUGCUUCUUGCUCUGGCAGGGAAACUAGGCUCUGAUCUAAAGGUUUCAGGAAAAGUGACAUACAAUGGGCAUGGAAUGAAUGAGUUUGUGGCUCAGAGAUCAGCAGCUUACAUAUCCCAACAUGACCUCCAUAUCGCCGAGAUGACGGUACGGGAAACCUUGGCCUUCUCAGCCAGAUGCCAAGGGGUUGGAAGUAGAUACGACAUGCUUACUGAGCUAUCAAGAAGGGAGAAAGCCGCAAAUAUCAAACCAGACCCAGAUCUUGAUGUCUACAUGAAGGCAAUAUCAGUGGGCGGUCAGGAUACAAAUAUCAUCACUGAUUACAUCCUCAAGAUUUUAGGGCUUGACAUUUGCGCUGACACCAUGGUCGGAGAUGAUAUGCUGAGAGGAAUCUCAGGGGGACAACGCAAACGUGUCACAACUGGUGAGAUGAUGGUCGGAGCGGAAAGAGCACUGUUCAUGGAUGAAAUCUCCACUGGCCUGGAUAGCUCUACCACAUACCAGAUAGUGAAAUCACUUGGACUAAUCACCAACAUCCUCAGUGGCACAACUGUCAUUUCCUUGUUGCAACCUGCACCAGAAACAUAUAAUUUGUUUGAUGACAUAAUCCUCUUGUCGGAUGGUCACAUUGUGUAUCAAGGGCCACGCGAACAUGUGCUUGAAUUCUUCGAAUCCAUGGGCUUCAAAUGUCCCGACCGGAAAGGCGUUGCCGACUUUUUGCAAGAAGUGACAUCAAGGAAAGAUCAGCCACAAUACUGGGCAAGGAGUAACAGGAGAUACCAAUACGUCCCAGUCAAGGAGUUUGCCCGUGCAUUCCAGGCAUUUCAUGUUGGCCAGAGUUUAUCUGCGGAGCUCUCUCGCCCUUUCGACAGGAGCCAGUGCCACCCUGCUUCACUGACGACCUCGACGUACGGCGCCAGCAAGACAGAGCUGCUGCGUGCGUGCAUCGAGAGGGAGUGGUUGCUCAUGAAAAGGAAUAUGUUUGUCUACCGCUUCCGGGCUUUUCAGCUUCUGAUAAUGACAGUAAUCGUGAUGACACUGUUCCUGCGCACAAACAUGCACCAUCGUACGGUUAACGACGGCAUUGUUUACCUAGGUGCUCUGUUCUUCGCUAUAGUUGCCCACAUGUUCAACGGUUUCUCUGAGCUCGCUUUGGCCACCAUAAAAUUGCCGGUCUUCUUCAAGCAAAGAGAUUACCUCUUCUUUCCUGCAUGGGCUUACGCCAUACCAACUUGGAUCCUCAAGAUACCGAUAUCUUGCGUCGAGGUCGCCAUCACAGUAUUCUUGGGUUACUACGUCAUUGGGUUCGAUCCAGAUGUUGGAAGGUUGUUCAAGCAGUACUUGCUGCUGUUGUUUGUCAAUCAGAUGGCUGCAGGAUUGUUCAGGUUUAUCGCAGCAUUGGGCAGGACCAUGGUUGUUGCAAAUACACUGGCGUCCUUCGCACUUCUUGUGCUGCUCGUGCUCAGUGGAUUCGUCCUGUCACAUCAUGAUGUGAAGAAAUGGUGGAUCUGGGGCUACUGGAUGUCACCUCUUCAGUAUGCCAUGAGUGCCAUUGCUGUAAACGAGUUCCUUGGGGAUAAAUGGCAACGGGUUCUCCAGGGGUCCAACAGAACUCUAGGAAUAGAUGUGCUCAAGUCCAGGGGCUUUUUCACUGAGGCAAAAUGGUACUGGAUUGGCGUUGGGGCACUCGUGGGAUACGUCAUCGUGUUCAACAUCCUCUUCACCCUCGCUCUAAGCUACCUUAAACCGUUGGGGAAAUCUCAGCAAAUUCUUUCAGAGGAUGCACUGAAGGAGAAGCAUGCCAAUAUCACCGGCGAAACUCCUGAUGGCUCUAUCUCUGCAGCUGCAGGGAACAUCAACAGCUCAAGGAGAAAUUCUGCCGCCCCAGAAGACAGUGGUAGGAGGGGAAUGGUCCUGCCUUUUGCGCCGCUUGCUGUUGCCUUCAACAACAUGAGAUACUCUGUUGACAUGCCUGCGGAAAUGAAAGCACAAGGUGUUGAUGAAGAUAGGCUGCUUCUGCUGAAGGGAGUCAGUGGCAGUUUCAAGCCGGGAGUCCUGACGGCGUUGAUGGGGGUUAGUGGCGCCGGCAAGACCACACUGAUGGAUGUGUUGGCUGGCAGGAAGACUGGAGGCUACAUCGAAGGCGACAUCUCAAUAUCCGGCUACCCGAAGAAGCAGGAGACCUUUGCUCGUAUCUCGGGUUACUGUGAGCAGAAUGACAUCCACUCACCAAAUGUGACCGUGUAUGAGUCCCUGGUCUACUCCGCAUGGCUCAGACUGCCUUCCGAUGUCGAGUCGGAAACAAGAAAGAUGUUCAUAGAGCAAGUGAUGGAGCUGGUAGAACUGAAUUCACUGAGAGAUGCGCUUGUUGGACUGCCUGGAGUGAACGGCCUGUCAACGGAGCAGAGGAAGAGGCUGACGAUCGCCGUCGAGCUUGUCGCUAACCCCUCUAUAAUAUUCAUGGAUGAGCCUACCUCCGGCCUUGAUGCCAGGGCCGCGGCUAUUGUCAUGAGGACGGUGAGGAACACCGUCGACACGGGCAGGACAGUUGUUUGCACCAUCCACCAGCCUAGCAUCGACAUUUUCGAAGCCUUUGAUGAGCUGUUCCUGAUGAAGAGAGGAGGGGAGGAGAUAUACGUGGGUCCUCUGGGGCACCAGUCGUGUGACCUCAUCCAAUACUUUGAGGGAAUCGAACGGGUCAGCAAGAUCAAACCAGGGUACAAUCCGGCGACUUGGAUGCUGGAAGUGACCUCACAGGCACAAGAAGACAUACUAGGUGUCAGUUUCGCAGAAGUCUACAAGAACUCAGACCUGUACCAGAGAAACCAGAGCAUGAUCAGGGACAUCAGCAGGGCCCCUGCUGGCUCCAAGGAUCUCUACUUCCCCACGCAGUACUCGCAGAGCUCCAUCACCCAAUGCAUGGCGUGUCUGUGGAAGCAGCACCUGUCCUACUGGAGGAACCCUCAGUACACCGUGGUCCGCUUCUUCUUCUCCCUCGUCGUCGCGCUCAUGUUCGGCACCAUAUUCUGGCAACUUGGGGGCAAGAGGUCGAGGACGCAGGACCUGUUCAACGCGAUGGGGUCCAUGUACGCUGCGGUGCUCUUCAUGGGGAUCUCCUACUCGUCGUCGGUGCAGCCCGUGGUGGCGGUGGAGCGGACGGUGUUCUACCGGGAGCGGGCGGCCGGGAUGUACUCAGCGCUGCCAUACGCGUUCGGACAGGUGGUGGUGGAGCUCCCCUACGUGCUGGUGCAGUCGCUGGCGUACGGGGUGAUCGUUUACGCCAUGAUCGGCUUCCAGUGGGACGUGAAGAAGUUCUGCUGGUACCUCUACUUCAUGUACUUCACGCUGCUCUACUUCACCUACUAUGGCAUGCUCGCCGUAGGGCUCACCCCCAGCUACAACAUCGCCUCCAUCGUCUCGUCCUUCUUCUACGGCGUGUGGAACCUCUUCUCGGGCUUCGUCAUCUCGCGGCCAACAAUGCCCGUGUGGUGGAGGUGGUACUCGUGGGUGUGCCCGGUGUCAUGGACGCUCUAUGGGCUGGUGGCCUCACAGUUCGGUGACCUCAUGGAGCCUCUCCAGGACAGCGGCGUGCCCAUCGACGCCUUCCUCAAGAGCUUCUUCGGAUUCCAACACGACUUCCUGGGCGUCGUCGCCGUUGUUACUGCCGGGUUCGCUGUCCUGUUCGCCGUCGCCUUUGGUCUCUCCAUCAAGGUGCUCAACUUCCAGAGAAGGUGAUUCAUCAUGUAGUGGCAGUGCACGGGCGGACCAACGGCUCAAUUUCAGCCAGCCGGAAACGAAUGCUCCGCAUGUGUUUGUAGUUUGUACUAGUAGUUCCUAAGUAGGAGUACAUAUGUGCUCGGCACGUCGCAUAUUCUUUUUCUCUCGGUUCCAUUGAUUUUUUUCCCUUAGUUUUGUUUUGCGCUUAUUAGUUGAUCAAUCUGAUCUGCACAUGAAUACAUGAACAUUGCAUAGCAAUGGUUUACUUACUUUUCGAAAAAGCAAUGGUUUACUCAGUAGCAAGAAAAUUAUACAAGUAUAUAGAUAAUGAAGAGAAUUUUUUUGA